AUGACGACGACCGGCGGAACUAGAUUCCUCCCUCUGGCCUUGCUCCUCCUCGCGCUUACGAGUCAAUUAACAGCGCACGCUAGAGUCCAACCCGCGCCGAAGGAGACCCUGGCGGAGAAAGCCGCGCGGUUGCGCGCAGCAGCGGACAAGGCAGCAGCCGCAUUGGACGCCGCGCAGUCCGCCGUGGCCGCGCGGCUUGAGGCGGAGCAGGCAGCGGCCGCGGAGGUCGAUGCGGCGCAAGUGGCGGCGCAAGACGCGGCGGCGGCAUGGAGCACGGCGAAGAAGACGUCGGACGCGAAGAAAGUUUCCGCCGCUAACUCACGAAAGAGCGCGAAUGCCGCUAAGGCGAGCCUCGCUCCGAUGAAGAAGAGGGUGGAUUCUUAUACCGCCGCGCAGAACAAUGUCAAGACUGCCGAGAAGAACCUUGCAGACGCGACGACGAAGCGCCAGAACGCGGAGGCCGCAGCCGCCGCGCAGCAUAACGUUGCGAGCAGCGCUUCCGCCGCCGCCACGGGCCUGAGCGCGCGGAGUCCUGCUGGGCAGAGGGCGGCGAAGGAGCAGAAGAAAGCUGCGGAGCUUCAAAAGAACGUUCAAUCCGCGUCGAAGGAGGAGAGCAAGGCGUCUGCUGCGCUGACCAAGGCGCAAAGCGCCCUUGCAAGCGCCACGCUGACCCCGCAGGAGAAGGCGACGCUCGAUGCGGCAAACGCAGCGGACGCUGCGGCGGCGCAAGCGGAAGCCAACGCGAGGGUGGCGGAUGCAGAGACAAAAGCGGCGGAGCAGGGCGUGAAGGCGGCCGCGGAGAAGGUUACCCGCGCAAAGAACAAGCGCGCCAAGGCGCAAUCUCUCCGCGUAGCCGCGGAGAAAGUGGCGGAGAAGGCGUCCGCGGAGGCGCAGGCAGCGGAGGAACUGGCGUUGGCGGCGGAGCAAGAGUGGGAGGCUUCGCAGACGCCCGCGCAGGGAUCAGACCCCGCGCCUGGGUCGGACCCCGCACCUGGUUCGGACCCUUCCCCGCCUGGCGGCGACUAUGGUGGCGAUGCCGUAAGGUACGGCCGCUACGGAGCUCGUAAAUACGAGACGCCCCUAGAGAAAGCCGUGCGGCUCCGCGCGAUCGCCGACCAAAAGGCGGCGCAGCUCGACGCGGCGGAGCAAAUCGCGUCGCUGCUGCAGCAGCAGGAAGCCGACGCGCAGGAUAAUCUCGACGCGGCGAAGACCGAUGCGCAAGCGAUGGCGGCGUCGUGGGCGCAGGCGCGAACCGCGCUCGACAGCGCCAAGGCGGUGGCAGUGAGCGCGCGCAAGGCCGCCACAGCCGCGCGGAAGACUGCGCCGGCGAAGAAGCGGUACGAGGGUUACUCCAAGGCGCAGGCGGCGGUAGCGGAGGCGGAGCGGAAAUACAACGAGGCGAAGCAGAAGCGCGAGCAGGCCGACGCGGCUUAUGCCGCCCAGCAAGAUAUUCUGAAUCAGCUACAGCCGUCGAGCUACGGUACGCAGGCGGGAUACGCGCAGGCGUAUGGCGGCUCGCCGUCGUAUGCUAAGGAGCAAAAGAAGGCGAAAGAAUUGAAGAAGAAAGCCGACGAAGCGGCGAAGGAAGAAGCGAAAGCGGCGGCGAAAUUAGCGGCGGCAAGGGCGGCGGCGGCGUCGCCGAGCGCGACGCCGACGCCGGAGGAGCAAGCACAAUUCGAGUCGAUUCAGGCGGCGGAAGCGCUGGCGGCGCAGGCCGACGCGCAGGUGAACGUAGCAGAGCUGGAGUUCAAGGAGGCGACUCGUAGCAUGAAAACAGCCGCGGCGCAGGUGAGCGCGGCGAAGGAGCAGCUCAAGGCGGUAACCAAGAAGCGCGAAGCCGCGGAUAAGCGCGUGGAGCGGCUGGCGGCGGAGGCGCAGAAGGCGGACGAAGACGCGAUGGUGGCGGAGGAGGAGGCGGGGAUAAGCGCGCCUGGGUCGGAAGAAUCGCCGGGAGACGACGACGAUUAUGAAGACGAGGAGGAUGAGAACGAGGAUGGGGAUUCAGAGGAGGGUGAGCAUGCGGGGGCGAACGAGUGGAAAGGGUUGGACUCCUCCGCAGGUGCUACUGUAGCGCCGAACAGGGUGGGCCAGCCGUUGAUGGUGCGAGAUCUGCCUGUGCAAACAACGAGUCUGCCUGUAGAGGAUACUGCUGCCCAGAUGCCGCAAGCAGGGCCGGAGCCCACGCGACCCACGGCGCCCAGCUACAUGUUCUAG